GGCGCAGAGUAAAAGCCCCGCAGGUCCAUUCCACCUUGCACCAGUGCGCCUGGGUCGGGUGCGAAGCAAGGAUCUCUUUGUCCCCAAGGCCAGGACGACCUCUGGGGCCGUGGGCCCGGCGCCUGGAGCUUCUGCAGGAACCUAGAAGCAGCUGCCGCCAUGAGCGGCUCCCUGCGGCCGAGCCCUACGCGCUGGCGGCGGGCGGCCACCCUGAUGCUGGCCGCCGGGUGGCCAAGGCCCGGCCCGGCCACCGCGACGCCGCAGCCACCGCUGCCACCGCCCGCCGAAGGCUUCCGGCUGCUGCUGCUGCAACGCUCCCAGAACCAGGGCUUCAUGCCCGGGGCGCACGUCUUCCCCGGGGGUGUCCUGGACGCCGCGGACAGCUCGGCCGACUGGUUGCGCCUCUUCGAGCCGCACCACAAGCCGCCCCGCUUCGGCCUGGGCGCUGCGCCCCCGCGCGUGGCCACCUUCCCCGGGUUGCAGUGGGAGCCGGGCCACGAACCCGCGGCCGGGGACCCGGCGGUGUUGCCGGAUGACGUGGCCUUCCGUAUCUGCGCCAUCCGCGAGACCUUCGAGGAGGCCGGCGUGCUGCUGCUGCGGCCCCGCGGGCCCCUGGCUGGCUCUCCCGGGCCCGGCCGCUGCCUCGAGCCGCCGCCCGGCCUGGAAGCCUGGCGCGCCCGGGUGCGCAGCGACGCGCGCCUCUUCCUGCGCCUCUGCGCCGACCUCGACUGCACCCCCGAUAUCUGGGCACUGCACGACUGGGGUGGGUGGCUCACCCCGUUCCUACGCCCCGGGGGACGCCGCUUCGACACGGCCUUCUACCUGUGCUGCUUGCAAGAUCCGCCUCCGGUGCAGCCUGAUGCAGCCGAGGUGGUGAGCUGUCAGUGGUCGUCUCCAUCAGAGGCAAUUGAAAGUUUCACAUCAAAAGAAAUUUGGUUGGCACCUCCACAAUUCUAUGAAAUGAAAAGACUUGAAAAUUUUGCCUCUCUCUCUGAUUUGCACACAUUUUGUUUGUAUCGUGAAAUAGAAGGGACGGAAAGAUGGUUUCCCAUCAGAUUAACAGCUGCGGAUGGGAUGCUCCAGAUUUUACCAGGGGAUGAGCUGUACCUAGAAGAUUCAAAAUUUAUAGACAGUCAAAUGUCCACUGAAAAGAAGAUUGAAGAUCUCAUGAAGGAAGGAAAAAUGUUUCAUCGUAUGAUCUUAUAUGAUAGCCACCUUUAUAUUAUUCAUGUAACUGUUCCAGCCAAAUCUAAACAUCUAUACCCUAAGAACUCUGGAGUAAAUAAAAGCCUUUUGUAGAGCAAUGGCUUUGAUCAGAUGAAUCCUACAGUCAGCUUCAUAGUGGUUAAACCUUAGCACUGAAGGGACUUUGUGUCUCCAAUCUUGUGAAUUUCAAGUGUUUGGCGUUCCUGGACUUAUUUCAUUCUGAGUGUUUCAUAGGUAUAAAGUAUUAAUGAUCUUGUUAUCAAAAUGAGAUAAAUGUUUCACAAUCGAUCCUGCUUUGUAUUGCUAUUACGUCAGAAGUUUAAAUAGGAUGUUCUACUACUACCCUUGUCUUUUAAUUACAUCAGUAAUUAAAAAGUACUGACAUCAGUACUUUUCUUGGCGUGCUUAGGAAAUUGAACG